CACGACUAUUUCAUGCAUUUAACAAAUUGUAAAAGUAGGCAUACGACAUUCUUAUCAACAAUGCUUUUGUUAAUAAUUCUUGUGAACUUUGUGUGUUUAACCUUUGGACAGAAUUCCACAAACGCAAACAGCAACGCAGCUAAGAAAUGUUCGGAACCGUGUCCUGCUGUUAGAUGUAAAUCUCCAGUAACUCGUGCGGGAUUGUGCUGCCCAGAAUGUCCAACCGGAAGGCGUUGUUUUUACAAAUGGAGAGUAUACCAAAAUGGUCAAACAUUCAAAGAUCUAUGUAAUACAUGCAAGUGUAAUGACGGGUCGGUGUCUUGUACAGAAAUGGCAUGUUUGCCGAAGGCGGGCAAGUGUCCCCGACAAGAUCCAGACAUGCCUGGUAUAUGUAUUCUCGGUUGCAUGAAUGACUGGCAUUGUAACGGCGUGCAGAAAUGUUGUAGUAACGGAUGUGGUUUUGUAUGCAUGUUGCCAAUUGGCAGACUUUCUACACAGAGACAUUGUCCAGGAGUUUAUUGUCCGGAAGUUUAUUGUGACAACCAGUUUAUCCCUCUUGGCGGAUGUUGUAGCACAUGCCCGUUAACCAUGCCGUUAACCUAACUGCUUUUGUUCUUCUUUUACUUAUUCUCAUACACGUGCUGAACAAUUUAUGUCAGUGUUGACAGAAAUAAAACAGAAAUGCUUUCUGUCAUUUCAAGGGCACAUCAUGCAAAGAGCAUUUGCGUAUAACUUGACAAUUAUUUAAACAAUGCGUUUUUAUACACACUGUCAUUAUACAGUGUAGAAUAAUUCCAUAAAGAAACGUCUAAAAUUAACAUUUGUGUUUUUUAAUAAAGUAUGAAAAUCAUAUAUUUGUCAUCCCCAUGAAAUGUGUUAUAAUGCAUGACAAGUCUCGUAAUUUAAAAUUCUAUUUUAAAACAGUUGAUGUCAUAAAGUUUUUAAGUGAUGCAUGUUUAAAUAAAUUACAUUCAAAAACAAAUAGAAAUAUGGUUGUUUUACGGUAUUUGUUAUCUAAAUUUACUGUGAAAUUACAGAAAGUGAGAGACAUUUCACCUUUUUUCUAGUUGUUCAUAUAUUAUAACAAAAGUCAUUUGAAACUAUAGGCUUGAAACUGUUUGAUAUACGUAAUGGUAUUUUUAAACAUAUUACUUGUAAAUGUAUUUUCCUCAUUACUUGUAUUGACUUUGUCUUUUUAAUAUAUAGUAAUUGAAAUGUUGCAACAUCCAGCUUUUAAGGACCGUUCCCGAGAAAGAAAUAUCUGUUUUUAAAUUAACGCUUUACAAACUAAAUUUUAGUGUAAUAGAUUGGUACAGUGCUGUAAUAGAAUGUCUUAAUGUGUUGUUUUGUUUUUGUGCUUUCAAUUUUCGUACUUAGAAUAAGUGUUUCUAGCAUCGUAUUGU